GGUGUAUGGAAUCAAAGGGCUGCGAGUAGCAGACUGCAGCAUCAUGCCGAUCGUGAUCUCGGGCAACACAAAUGCCCCAGCAAUUAUGAUUGGCGAGAAAGUGUCAGACAUGAUCAAGUUAGACUGGGGAUACAAGAUUCAUCCGGGUUUCAGAAAGGUUUCAGAAGCGGGUGGACUUUCCGGAUCAAAGCACUCAUCGGUUGCCAACGGAAAAUAUUUCAGCUUUGAACCUCUGAUUUCACCUCAGUCCUCUGCUUCCUCCGUUACAACAGUUUCUGAUCAUCUCGAGGAACCCUUAUUAAAGGGCGCAAACUCGUCACAAGGAUUCCUUCAAGAAACUCGAAUAAGUCGCCGACAAUCAAGGGGCAGCAUCAAUCGUCGCUGGGUAUCUUGUCAACGGAUCGCAUGCUUUUCACCAACAACAGAUGUCGCCGACUACGCAGUUGAUCAUCAUAAAAUCCCAUCAGCAGGUUCUGCGGAGUCAGUUGCAAGCUUGACGUUUUUGUCUGACAUGAUAUGGAAACAGAGUGGAGUUGAACCAGAAGACGAUUUGAAAAACCGAGCUUCUCAGGAUUCGAUGCAUGUGAUGGCCGCAUUAGAACCAGACUAUGGAGGAUGCUUGAAUAAUCGAAAAGAAUCGUAUUCCGUUGAUGAGAACGAAAAUGAGGAGCACGUAAAACAACCCGGAUGUCUGGCUUUCAGGAUUUUAGCUUGGCUUUUUUGGCCAGCGAUUAUGAUUGGAAUGCAAUUGUUGAAGGAUAUUCGGCAGACGAGGGUCGAUAGUUGGCGAGGAACCCAGUUUGUCUGUUUGUACGGGGGUUUCGGGGGAUUUCUAGGAGUUCCGAUUGUUGGCCAAGAGGUUUCCUCUGGUGAGGUACAAUCCGAUGCAGCAUCAAAUGAAGGAAGGAGCUGCGAUGAAGAUUUUGUCGAUGAGACG